UUAUAUUGUUUUCAUGUUUACAAAUGGCAUGAUCACCGAAAUUGGUAUUCACCGAAAGAUAAUCGAAAACGAUCGACCAGAAAGUUUCACGUGUGAUGAAUGGAACUGAAUCGAAACAGAAAACAUAACACGCAGGCGCCCGAUACGACACUCCCAGAACUUCAGAACAUCGGUCCACUUCAUAUCGUUCAGAUUCGGCGAUGCAAGUCGGUCGAAACGUAUAAUCAGUAGUUUACAGUUGUUUAUCAAUAUACUGUUACGCGAUUGCGUCAUUUGAUCAGCGAGUAAAAAGUGACUAUCUUUCGUGUUAUCGUUACUGUGCACUAUUGCUGCUAACCAGGACGUCAAAUAACGACUCGGCACAAGUAGCGAGCUAAAACCAAAAGAUGACAACUUGGCAAGCACCUGGGGCAGGGUUCUAUCCGGGGCAACAAGGUCCAUACCCGUACCCUCAACAAAAUCCUGGAUAUCCGCCACCACAGGAAGGCUACCCAUAUCCUCAACAAAAUCCGGGAUAUCCACCGCCUUAUUCCGGUGGAGUUCCGCCAGGUCCGGGAUUUAUACCUCCACCAGGUGCACCACCUUACGGUGAGGCACCGCCGCCAGGAGUUGGUGCAGGAUUCGGAGGAGUACCACCCAUUCAUCCAGGAAUGUACGGGUCCGGCUACGGAGAAGACCCUCUGCAGGAUGAGGUCAAAGGAUUUGAGUUUAAUGACAAGACUAUCAGGAAUGGCUUCAUCAGGAAAGUGUACAGCAUUCUGAUGUGCCAAUUGCUCAUCACACUUGGAAUGAUUAGUCUAUUCCUUUAUCAUAGACCCACGCGAGAAUGGGUCGGAAGACACACAGAAUUGUUUUGGAUCGCUUUUGCCGUAACUAUUGUCUUGAUCAUAUGUAUGGCUUGCUGUACCAACGUGAGACGUAAAGCUCCAAUGAACUUUAUAUUCCUAUUCUUAUUCACUGUGGCAGAGGCUUUUUUACUGUCCAUAGCCUCUUCAACUUACAAGUCCGAAGAGGUCAUGCUGGCUGUUGGAAUUACCGCGGCCGUUUGUCUGGGCUUGACACUAUUUGCAUUUCAAACGAAAAUUGAUUUUACCGGAUUGCACAGUGUUCUGUUUGUUGCUCUGCUCGUUUUAAUUAUUUUCGGCAUAGUCGCGAUGAUCUGGCCCGGAAGAACGAUGACCUUAGUUUACGCCGCAUUGGGCGCGCUAAUAUUCUCUCUGUAUCUAAUUUACGAUACGCAAAUGAUGAUAGGCGGAAAGCACAAGUAUUCCGUCUCGCCGGAGGAAUAUAUCUUCGCCGCGUUGAGCCUAUAUCUAGAUGUUAUCAAUAUUUUUAUCUACAUUCUAACUAUUAUCGGUGCUUCGCGAGACUAAUUGCUGUCAAUUCCAAUAUUUUUGUCUUGCGUUACUACUAUUAUGGAAUAUACAGCCAGCUUUUACUUAUCGCCGUCCUGCUCUGGUUCUCUACUUGUUGAGAGCACUGUAGGCAGCAAAUGAUGAAGUGUAAAGGGUGUGUAAUAUUGGCAAGACUUUUAUUUUUACGAAGAGAUAGCUUUUACAAAUUUUCAAAGAUUAAUGAGUAUAACACAAAUAGCACGCUUGGAUUCGAAACCUUUUUGUCUAGUUUCAUAAAAAAAAGUAACACAACCUGAUAUUUUCUAUUCCUUUAGGGAAAAAAA